AUGCUUCUCUUCUCCGCCCCGCCAUGCGACUCUCUGCUGCCUCGCGGCCCAGCAAAGCAAACGGUCUCUAAGCGACUCGCCCUCCCUUUUUGGUCCACCACACCUGCCUCUAUUCCUCUCUUGCCGCGCACCCCCAAAAAGAAAGCCUCGCGCCCACCACCACCACAAGGGAGAGGGAAACAAUCCGCCCUCCAGACUAAACCCACCCAAAUGUCCCACCAUGCAGACUCGUCGCGCUCCUCGACUUUUGCACCCACCUUGGGUAGCAUUCCAGAAGUCUUCGAGUACGACCCUCUAGACGCUCGGCACCGCCCAGCCUCGCUCAAUGACGUCCCAGAGACCCCUGACGCAUUCUUGCCAGAGGCCUCAAUCGCAAGCCCACCCGCUCUCACCCGCGCCACUUCAUGGCCUGCAAUCAUCCAGGCCCCUUCCCGAAGAGUUGCUUCCUCGCUUGCUGUUUCAAAGGCCCUCCGCAGGAUUCUCGAGGCUGAUCGAGCCCGAAGAAGGCGCAUCAUGAAAGCCUACCUAAAGGCUAUUGUUUUUCUCAAGUACCUCUGGCAUGCCAAUGAACGCUACGGACAUGUCAUGGCCACCACCGGCAUGUACAUGCAACGGUGA